CUAUUAAAUGUAGGUUAGGAUGAAAUAAUUUGUAAAUUUGUUAUUUUUAAAAAUUUGUCGUUAAACAUAUUUGUUAUUUUCAUCUAAGUGUACAAUGAUAACGAAAUAUAUAAUACAGUUAAUAAGAGUGUUUUACUUAAAUAUUUGUUUAUCAUUAAUUAUAAAUGAAAUUUGUGUUUACUAUUAAUUAAUAAUAAUAUGAAGAGUUUAAAAAUCUUAUUAUGUUGUCAUAGAUGUUUCAUAUUUCCUUGCAAUAUAAAUACAUUAAUCUUUAAUUGUAAUAGUAAUUCUGCAAAUAUAUUUAAUGGAAAUCGUAGAAAUACUAAACUGCAUCAGAAAAAUAGAGAAGAUAAGUAUAUGUUUGGACCAAUGAAAAGAAAGAAAAAAGAGACAUUGACAAAAUCAAUAGUCGAUUUAAAAAAGGAAAACGUAUCAAUGGAUUCAGAACUAUGGUGGAAUUUAAAAGUUAAUAGAUCUAGGAUGAAUUUGAUUCGGUUUACAUCACAAACUCAUAUUAACACAAUAGCCAGUAUGAAAUGUAAUAAAAGUUAUGCAAAGAAUCUUCUGCUUGAUUGCAAUGAAAAUAAUGUUGCAUCCAAAAGCAAGGAAAGUAAUAUUAAAAGUAAAAAAAGUAAAGAUAUUAGAAGAAGAAAAAAUAUAACCGAUAAAAAAUGUAGCAGUAAUAAUAAAGAUAAUAGCAAAAAUAAUAAAGAUGACAGCAAAAAUAAUAAAGAUGAUACCAAAAAUAAUAAAGAUGAUAGAAAAAAUAAUAAAGAUGAUACCAAAAAUAAUAAAGAUGAUAGCGUUUCAACAAAAACUAUUCCUAAUGAGUUAGAAGCUCCACAACCAAAGAAUGAGAAAUUAGUAGAUGUACAUAUAAUUAAAUCAAGUCGCUUUCCAAUUUUUACUGAACAGCAAAAGAUUCCAAAAGCGCUAAAACAAUCAGAAGUAUUAUCCCUCUCUCUGAAAGACGAUCCAGAAAUUCUUUAUUAUCCAUCUGUUACUAAAAUUUUAUCUGAAACUAUGUCUCCGGAAGCUCAAAAACUUUUAAAUUUGUGGAAAAACAAACUUAUAAAAGAAAUGGGAGAAGAGAAAUUCAAUGAGUAUCAACAAGAGCUACUGAACAAUGGAAAAAUAUUUCAUUCUUGUAUAGAAGAUACUUUAUACGGGAGAGAAGUCGAUAUACCUGAACAUAUUCUUCCAGCUUAUAAUAGUUUAAGUAGUAUUAUAAAUGAAUUAGAAGAUAUUAAAGCAGUCGAAUCGUUUGUUUCCCAUAAGGGUUUGUGCUACAAAGGAAAAGUCGAUUGUAUAGCAACAUACAGGGGCAAAUUAUGCGUUAUUGAUUGGAAAAAAUCGGACAAAGAUAAAAAAAAAUUAAAUUUAACUUAUGAUGCACCGAUACAACUUGCCGCUUAUGUAGGUGCUAUUAAUUCCUCCAAAAGUUAUCCAUUUUCGAUCCACUAUGCCAUGAUAGUUGUCGGUUACACAACGGGAAAACCUGCGGACAUAUUUUUUUUAUCAGACCAUCAUUUAAAUGAACAUUGGUAUAGAUGGUUAGCAAAACUUAAAAAUUAUUGGCAUAAUGUUAAAAACCAAAACAAUUGCUCGGAUUAAAAUAUAACUGUUAUUAUAUAAUAACAAACAAAUAAAAGUCGAUAAUUUAGCACAUUUCAAGCCGAUCACUAAAAUUGAACAACGUGGGAACCAUUAGUAACAUGAACGGGUGGUCUGCUGAAGAAACAAAAGAUAAAAACCGUGUGCUAUUGACUCCAGAAAGGCAAUAAAAAGAUGUGACCUCUUUGAUAGUAUUAAAUAAGUGUGAGAAAGUGAGGAAGUACUCUCCCUUUUGGGAAAGUAGAAAGAUAUAAUAAACAAAUAAAACAAAGAACAAUCGUAUAACGUCUGAUUUUUUGUGUAAUUAUUUUUACGAGUAGAAUACACCUGUAGAGAUUGACAGAGAUUCACUCGACUCAUUUUGUAUAUCUCGGAAUAUAAUAUAGAAAUAAUAAAGUGAAUUAUUUCAAUC